UGUAAAAGUAAUGUGAUUAAAAUGCUUUACGUCGUUCCCUAUUGCAAUCAUAUGAAAUAAUAUCGCGCUUUUCUUGUUUUUGUUAUGUACUUGAAACUAAAAAACAAUGGAACAAACAAGUGAUUCAACUAAAGAAGAAUACACAUACCUAGAGAAACUUUUCGAAAAUGAAUUUAAGGAAGCUGCUUUCCUAACAGGGUGUAUAGAACAGUCACAGAAACAUAUUAUAUUUCCUGAAAGUCCAAUUGAUAAAACAAGUGAUGAUGAACAGGAAAAAAGAGAUCAGGAUCAGGAAACGAAGAAGAAGGAUGAAGCAACUCUAAACGUGCCUGAUGAUGAACAAGUAGAGUUGAGAAGAGUCAAAAGUUUGAGAUCGAGAAUUCGAAGUAGUGUGCGCGAAUCGCUUAAAUUGGUUAUAAACAUAAGACCGAAAAGUGAAAGUUUUAUUCAGAGUCGGAGUUUCGGUAGAAAUAUAUCUCCGGUGAAUUUUAACAAAAUUGAAGAACGAGAAGAGCUGCCCAAGAAAUUGGAGAGGUCCGUUUCAAGCAAAGGAAAAUCUGACAAUGACAGUCUUGAAGUUACUCCGGAACCUGAAGCAGUACUUCAAACGCAUCCCCCUGCUCCUCUGUUGGUGGAGGACCCGCCCAGUACUGAUGACGAAGGCCUGAAUGAAGUAAGGAACUGUAACCCUACGUUCCUUCAUGGAGAAGGUCAUACGCAGUACCCACAAAAAAUCAAUGUUUGGGCGGGAAUUCUGGGUAAUACUGUACUAUGUCCAAUAUUCCUAAAUGAAAAUCUAACGGGGAGAUUUACCUAA